AUGAAGAAGAUACUUACAGGACAAUCGCACGUAAUCAAUCGAUCAAUUUCCAAAAAACAAUUUGUCAAUCUUGAAACAAACCCAAAAGAUAGUUUUAAUAAAACUUCUUUUGGAUCAAAAGUUCAAAAUCUUAUAACUGCUCUUCAGUUAAGUCCAGUAUUUAUUAUGGAACAAGACCUUCUAUUAUCUCCAGAAAAAUGCGCAACUGAUCAAUUAUCCGAAGCUUAUACACAUUUAAGCAGAAUACAACAACUUUUUAGUUCAUAUGAUUCUCAAAACGAUGAACAAACAAGAGAGCUUCUAGAAUUUAUCGAAACAAACAUCCAAACAGGUUUACACGAAUUAGAGAUUAAUAUCUGGCUAAGACCGAAACAUGUUAAAGACUACGUUUAUUUGUACAUGAAUUUAUCUCGAAAUGUACGCUUAUUAGCCACCAAAUCCCUUUAUGUUUCAGAUCAAUUCAGUUAUUACUUACAUAAAGCUGAUGAAAAUUCAUACUAUGAAUCAAAACUUCUCAGUUCUCCAUUAGAUCCUGAAUUAUCUUCAAAUUUGGAUUAUUUGUACGGUUUAAUUUUUUCAAAAUGCGAUGUACAAGCAACACAGUUUCCAUAUGAAUAUCUUGAUCAUAUCAUUGAUGAUGACUUUCAAUUCUUUGCUGAAUUAUCGAAAAAAACCGAUUUUGACUUAAAACAAAUUUAUUUGUAUAAUGGAGCAAAAAUUCAACUCCUUCAACUUGCAUGUUUUUAUGGAGCACGAAAGAUCUUCAAAUACUUCUGGGAUAACAAAUUAAAAAUUGACAUUAAAUUAUUUCAAACUGUUUACAACGUUUACGCAUUAGCCAGUGGAGCUGAAGAAAUAAUUAACCUUGUAGGUGAUUCUGACACCAAUUGCAAGGAAUAUUCCUUGAUUCCUUUGAUUUUUAGACAUGAUAAUAUUUAUGAUUGGUUUAUUUUCAAUAAAUUCAAAGAAGAAGAUUUCAAUACAGGCAGCAAAUUCUAUUAUUUCUCAGAAACAUUCUCAAUACGAACACUUCAUUCAUUUCAUGUCAGAAAUCCAAAGAAAUUACUGAAAUGUCAGAAUUAUUUGCUUUGUUUAGUAAUGGAUGGAAUUAAUGUUCUUACUCAAGAACUUUCUCAGUAUUCUGAAUACAAUUCAACAAUAUUUUCAAUUGCAUAUGAUCCAGUAACAAUAAGUAACAUCAUAAACAACGCUGAUGAUCAAUUCAUCAAUUCAUGUUUCAAUAAUUGUCUUGAAAAUCUUGAUAUCAUUCAUUUAAACGUUUUUCUUGACCAUCCAAAAUUUAAUGUUCUAAAAAUCGAACACAUCAUUGAAGAUUCUUAUCUCAAGAACUUUUUAAUAACAAAGAUAAAUCAGAAUCAAUCUCCAAAAGAUUUAAUUAAAUUACAUAAUUCAAAUUUUCCUCUUUCAAAUGAGGCAAAGACCAUGAUAAUCAAGUAUUAUUUAGAUAGAUGUGAACUUGCCGAUUUAAAUAUGUUCAUUUCUGAUUCAAUUUCUGAUUUUUCCAAAAAUGAAUUAUUAAAUUUGCUUCAACUUUCACCAUUUAUGUACUAUUAUUUGUCAACACAUCUAUCAAAGCAGUUAUUCACUGACGAUGAGUUCAAAUACCUUCUACAUUUUGCUUGUUUCAAUCCUUACGAGAAAAUUAAUUUUCCUUUUAAAGAAGAUUCUCGUUUGGAUCCAAUUGCGAUGAUUAACUUGAGUUACUUAAAGAGGAGGACAGGACUUUUAAAACCUCAAAAUUUAAAUGAUAUAAAAGUUUUAAUUAACUCAAUAAUGCAGAAAGAAGCAUACAAUGAUUAUAUAACAAAGAAUCCAGCAGCUAUAAUUAAUAUUUUGCCUGUUUUGAUCCAACUCAAAAUUGAUUUCAAAAUUCAAACAUUUUCUCAAGAAAUGUUUGACAAAAUGCUUCAUUAUUAUAUAAUGGCACAGUUAACUAUGAGAUCAUCAGUCAAAAACUUAGAAAGUGUCUUGGAUUACUUACUUUUGGAUCAAAACCGUCAAUUUGUAAAUCUCGAAAAAAUUUCAGAGAUUUUCAACAGUUCAUCUUUCUAUUCUCGUCUUGCUUUCACUAAAGAAGAGUUUGACUACAUCAAAACAAUUAAUCCAGACAUGAGAAGACUAAUGAACAAUCUUGAAAAUGUCAAAUAUUUGACAAUUGAAGAAAUUUUUGAAUUAGAUGAUGAAUCAUCUCCCAAAACUAAUAAUAGCUCUCAAGGACAAUCAACAGCUACAUUUGGUUCUGGAGCAAUCUCUCAAUGGCCGAAUAAAUACAAAUACAAAUACAAUUCCAAUUCCCAUUCCUGGAUCAGUAAUCCAUUUACAAAAUCUAUUUCAACACGUUGGGAAAAAACAAAAAUAUCUAAUAAAUCAAAUCAAAACGAAACAUUUCAACAUAAUCCUCCAAAAACAGAAAUGCAAUUAAAACAAAACAUUGUUAAGAAAUUUUUGGAAGAUUUUCAACCAAAUGAUGAAUCAAUGAAAUUAUUAUUAUCUCAAAAUAGUAUCAAUGAUUACGUUGUUUUCAUGGUUGAUUAUGAAAAAUACAACAAGUAUUUGACAACUGAUUUGUUGAUUAAUGCUCUUACUUGUAAUAAAUCCAGUGAUGAUGUGUCAAUUGCUACAGAACUGUUUAGUAGAAAAUUAAAUACAGAACAAAUGAUUAAAAUUUUUGAAUUGAUUCCGAUUUCUUAUUAUAAGGAUUUGAACUUGCGAAAUGUAGAUCCAGCAAUGAAGUUGUUGAUAUCUAUUAAGACAAAGAAAUACAUUGAAAACAUCGGGAAAAUAGAGAAUGAAUCGGUUUUCUUGAAGAAAUUGAUUGACUCAAAUUAUAAAUUUGAACAUUCCGAGUUUUUGUUUAAAUACGAAUUCUCUCAAAAAGCGAAAGUUUCUGCUUUGUUUUAUGCGAUUGAAAAGAAUAAAUUGGCUGUUGUUGAAGAACUUAUUAAUCAUGGAACAAGACUUGAUAUAAUGAUGAAUGGAAAACUGCCAAUAGAAUACGCAGUAAUGUUCGAUAAUCCAGGAGCUUUUAAUCAUGUUCAAAAUGGUUUUAUUAUAAUUUCAAAGAAAGAUGAUCAAAAGAAAAAUAUUUUCAAAGCAAUUUUUGGAAGAUGUUCAAAAGAAUCGAGAAUUUUCCAAAAUAUUAAGGACCAAAUCAACCCAGAGAUAGAGAAGAGAUACUUUAACCUCAAAGAGUAUUAUCCUGAUGUUACAAAGACAAAAGACCUUUUGGUUGAUUUAGUUUUGAGUUCUAAAAAAUUUGAACAAAAAUAUCAAAUUACAAAAAGUGACGAUUUGGAUGAAAUCAAGUUUAAUGAAAUUAAUGAUAUUGUUGAAGCUCUUUAUCUACUUGUUAUGUACUCUUCUAAGUUUAGAGAGUUCAUUGGAUCUUUUUACUUGAAUAUGGAAUUUUCUUUUGCAGAUUACACAGAAAAAAUUGAAUCAAAAAUUUCUGAAUUUUCAAAUAAGUUUAAGAAUGUUUACUCUGUUCUUUCUGGCAAGGACAUGAUAACAAAUGAUGAAGAUAAUUCUAAACUAUUGUAUCUAGCAUCACGUGUUGGAAACUUAGAAAUAAUUAAAUCACUUUUAGAAAAAGGCGCUGAAUUGAAAAAUGUCGAAGGAUUUUAUUAUUUGUUUUCUCCGGCUUUGGAAGCUGUUUCGAAAGACAGAAGUGAUAUAUUAGAACUAUUCAUUGAACAUGGUUUAAACGUCAAUGAAGUUUAUACAAGCGAUCAAAUGACAUUGAUUAAUUGCAGCAUUUUAUAUAAUGCCAAAAAUUGCUUUGACAUUUUGAAGAAAAAAGCUGAUUUGUUGCGUUCUGUCAAAUUAAGUCUAUUUGAAUGCUGUUUGAUACAAUAUUCACGUGGAGAACAAUACUUUGCAAAUCAACUUUAUGAAUUGAUUGACCAAGAAAGAGAGAGAAUCGAAAGUUAUUCAUUUAAUUUGUUUGAAAUGAAACAAAUGAAUUUUAACUUGACCUAUUCUGUUGAUUUCGGAAGUAUAGGAUAUGUUUCUGGUGCAUUUGAUGCAGAAAUUGCUUCCAGAAUAAUGUUAACAGACAUUGUUCAAAAGAACCUUGCUGUUCACACAACUUUUAGAGGUGAUUAUGAAUCAUACACUGAUUGGUUAUAA